AUGCCCUUUGUCAAAGGCCUUUUGAAUCAUCUCCUUGACAGCGUUGUCUCUGGUGAGACUCUUCCAUGCUCUGGAAGGAGAACUGAGAUAUACUACAGUAAGAAAAACAGUAUGAUGGAUUCAGAAGGUUCUGCCCCAACGAAUUCAAAGGAAUAUCUAAGCAAUGACGUAACGGCUACCUCUGGUAAACAUUAUCUUUGUGGCUACUGUGCGGCCUUCACAAAUAUAGCGGUCACUUUUCCCAUCCACAAGGUCCUCUUUCGACAGCAGUUGUAUGGUCUGAAAACAAAGGAUGCAGUACAUCAGCUGCAGAAGGAUGGAAUUCGAAAUCUCUAUCGUGGCAUCCUUCCUCCAUUAAUGCAGAAAACGACAACACUGGCUCUAAUGUUUGGCUUGUAUGAAGAUUUCUCCUCCCUGCUCCAUAGCCACACAAGCGCUCCUGAACUCCUCACGCGCAGCAUGGCAGCAGUGCUUGCAGGGACCACGGAAGCUGUUCUGACACCUUUUGAGCGAGUUCAGACUUUGCUGCAGGACUACAAACACCACGAUAAAUUUACAAACACUUACCAGGCUUUCAAGGUACUGAAAGUCUAUGGAAUGAGAGAAUAUUAUCGGGGAUUGGUUCCUAUUCUGCUCCGAAACGGACCCAGUAAUGCACUCUUCUUUGGCCUACGGGGACCUAUCAAACAGUGUCUGCCUGAAGCAACUUCUUACAGCACUCAUUUAGUCAAUGACUUCAUAUGUGGAGGGCUGUUGGGUGCCAUGCUGGGAUUCUUGUUUUUCCCAGUGAAUGUUGUAAAAACUCGCAUGCAAGCUCAAAUUGGUGGUGAAUUUCAGUCCUUCCCAAAAGUCUUUGUGAAGAUCUGGCUGGAACGUGAUAGAAAAUUGAUCCACCUUUUCAGAGGAGCCCAUCUGAAUUACCAUCGUUCUGUCCUGUCCUGGGGCAUAAUCAAUGCAACCUACGAAUUCUUGCUAAAGCUGUUGUGAAAACCACUAUCUUCCUUCAGCUCCUCUGUUCAUUUGGGUAUUGGCACAUACGAUGUUACUUAAUUGCAAGGAACAGUGCCUGCGUAGUGUGAAAGGUAAUUAGUCUUGGCCUUCAAUAUUUAUGGGGUGAAUGGUGAUACAUCUAAACCUUGGUGCAAUUAAGAUGAACUUUUUAAAGUAUUUAUUUGCUGGCAGGUGAGUUUACCCAUAAUGGAGCUACUAGACAAAUACAAGGUUUAAAAAAAAAAAUAGACUUAUAUUAGUCCAGCGGCUUAUUCUGUAUC